AUGAUAACAUGGAUUUGUGUAGUCAGAGCAGAGGACACGGCCGAACUUGCCGAGCAGGGCGAGGAGGAGAGAGCUUUUAACUGGUCUUUGUCUCGAGCGCGAGCACAAGAGUUGGUGUUGUGGUUCAGGAAUCGACCAUUUCACUACAUUCGAAUGCCCACGUCCAUGACGGACCUGAACGCUGCUAAGCUCAAGGCGUUGGAAGAUCUUGUUCGAAAGGGUGUUAUAAGUUCCAGGUCGGACAACAGCAUUCUCGCUGACUUGAUAGGGACGAAGUUGCAUAAGGACUUGGUGCACUUGGUGAAGUUCCUUCCUUGGUUUCGGUCCCGCCCUGACAUGAACUCACGCGCCGACGAUCUUCAGAAAACACUGUGCGGCAGAAGCGAUGAUCUACGUAAGCUCAGCAGACCGAAGAAGGGUGACAGCAUGUACCUUGAAGGUGCAGUGAAAGAUCUGCUGGAAGCAACACCGUACGGUCACAACGUGCGUUAUGGCGCUUUAUCUGAAGAACUGCUUGAAGACACGGACCUAAAGAAGUUGUCAAGUCGAUGCAGGAAACGCUGUUUGCGCACCGUAUCGCUGAUGGAAAGACACUUCAAAUGUCUUGGAACAUUUGUACACCAUGGUGGUAGAAACGCGCUCUCAAUGAGCCACGACAUGCCUCACUUCCAUGCUAUCAAGGCUUGCUUCACCUUACAGCAUGCAGCUGCGAAAGGAGGAGAGACACUGCGAAAGGAGACAGAAGAAGCGUGUGCUAAAACCAACCGGGGUGCACUGGUCGAGACCGUGAACAGUUUGAUGGAAAAAAAAGCGCGACAUCUGUCACCCGAAAAAGUAGUGUGGGUCGGAGGAGCCAUGUGCAGUCGAUAA